AUGAAGACAUAUCGGCAAAAACUACUUCCGCAGGUGAUGCAAGUGAUCGCCGAUUUGGCCGAAGCAAAUGGCUCCACGAUGAAAUCCAUUUCCACCCAACUCCAAGGGCAGAACCUCGUCAAACCAAACAACCUUCCGGUGCAGGUAAAACGGGCACUCAAACAAGGUUUAGAAACCGGACUGAUCAAGCAACGGAGCGGGAAAUACAGGUUGGGCCUUGACGCCAAAGACUACGCCAUCUACAAGAGUUUCAUGAUGAUGGAGGAGACCGGCUCGAAGCAUCAUAGAAGAAAGAGGAAGAAGAUUAAAAGGAGGAGGAAACACAAGGAGUAUAACAGCGACAGUGAUGUUAGUAUCGACGAUACUCAAAACGAUAGUGAUGAUACAGAAUAUGCUGAAGACGAUUAUCCAGACGAUGAAAAAAGCAGUCGAAAGAAUAGGAAAUUCAAGUCGCGUGGGAAAACGCGCAGAAGAAAGCAAAGGAAGAAUGUGGGUAAAUCGGAUAAAAUCAGUUCCAAAACCGCACAAGAAGAUUAUACUAAAAAUGAUGCAGCCCUGUGCGACAACCCCGACUGCCUUUGUAAUAUGAAGUUGGACAAACAUGGCACAAACUAA